AGCGGCUGAACCAAGGCGACGCAACGUGAAGGCAACUUAGGGGGUGAAAAGUGAGACGGCGGUUCCUUCAUGGAUAUUGUCUCCAGGCAAAAGAUCACAGGAUUAAGAACCAAAGCAAGGAACACAAUGGAUGUCCUUAAUUCCACAGACUUCACCUUCACCUAGCAUCAAACACACAGCCCAGCAGGAAUCCGCACAGCGCUGCGUCUGGUAGUGCAUGCGCGAGAGGACUCCCACCAAGCCCGUCACUGACUACUAGUGCCCAGGAGGAGGAAGCACCACGGCUGUGGCGCUGUAAUGAUGGGCACUCCCGGAGGGGCAGUCCUGGUUGGCUUCGGGUCCACCACCUCCUCCCUGGACGUCAAUGGCUGGAUGAUGUGGCCCGGGAACACCACCAUAAGCCUGAACCAGAGCCUGUUCUGGAGCAACACCAGCACCAAUGCCUCCUCCUCCUCCACCUCCAUGCAGGAGUCCAUUAAGGAGAAGAACUGGCCGGCGUUGCUGAUCCUGGUGAUCAUCGUGCUGACGGUGGGUGGGAACAUCCUGGUCAUCCUGGCCGUGUCGCUAGAGAAGAAGCUUCAGAAUGCCACCAACUUCUUCCUGCGCUCGCUGGCUGUGGCGGACAUGCUAGUGGGCAUCCUGGUCAUGCCCAUCUCUCUCAUCAACAUCCUGUACGACUAUGCCUGGCCCCUGCCCGACGCACUGUGCCCGAUCUGGAUCUACCUGGACGUGCUCUUCUCCACGGCCUCCAUCAUGCACUUGUGCGCCAUCUCCCUGGACCGCUACGUUGCCAUCUGUAACCCCAUCCAGCACAGCCGCUUCAACUCCCGCACCAAGGCCAUGUUGAAGAUCGCCGCCGUCUGGACCAUCUCCAUAGGGAUCUCCACGCCCAUCCCAGUGAUCGGCCUCCGUAACAAAGACAAAGUGUUUGUGAGCGGCAGCUGUGUGCUGAACGAGGAGCGCUUCGUGCUGGUUGGAUCUUUCGUCGCCUUCUUCAUCCCCCUGGUCAUCAUGGUGGUCACCUACUGCCUCACCGUCCAGGCCCUGCAACGUCAGGCCUCAGUCUUCCUCUACGAGGCCAAAGCCUCUUCCCAGCAGCCGUUGCAGCCCCAGGCCCCGCCCACCUCGCACCUGGCCCCGCCCCCCGCCCCGUCGCGGCGCAGCAGUCUGAACUGUCUCCGGGUGAUGGGGGGAGAUGGGAACUCCCUCAGCCCUGCCGCGCUCUCCGACAGCAUCUCCAUCGUGGCCAGCUCGGAGACUCCGUCUCAGCUCAGCUCGCCUGCCGGGCGAGACCCGGGUGGGGCCCACGGACGCCGGGGCAUGAUGCAGGCCAUCAAGAACGAGCGGCGGGCAUCCAAGGUCCUGGGCGUGGUGUUCUUCCUCUUCCUGCUGAUGUGGUGCCCUUUCUUCAUCACCAACGUCCUGUCCGUGCUGUGCCGCGAGGCAUGCGACGAGCCGCUGCUGUCCGAGCUGCUCAACGUCUUCGUGUGGGUGGGCUACAUCUCCUCGGGGGUCAACCCUCUAGUCUACACGCUCUUCAAUAAGACCUACAGGCGGGCCUUCUCCAGCUACAUGCGCUGCCGGUACAAAGGCGUGCGGCUCAAGCCCAUCCCUAUCCACGUCCCCUGCCCCUCCCACUCCACCGUCACACCCCUCCUGAUUUGCGGGAAGGCAUCCGUCGACCGGAACAGUAACUGCCGGAACGGAGGCCGGAACGGAGGCCGGAACGGGAUUCGGAACCUGGAGCCGCCCGACACGGACACGGAGCUCAGGCUGGAGAUGCAGCCCGGGCUCGCCGUCAACAGCUGCCACGCGCUCGCCGAGCUCACCAGCACCGUCUGAUCGGUGAUAGCCACCUCUUCUGCUGCGACACGAGCACCAGGAUGGGAUGCCUCUUUGUCCUCCCUGUUAUGUCCCUCAAGGGCCUGCAGCAUCCCAACACUCCCCAGCACUGUGAAUGGCUGUCGCUACAGCAUCUGUCGUGGCACAUCCAUUCUGGCAUGUUGGGGAGUGAUUUGCAGCACUUGGGGCCGUUCGUAAUCAAAUGCGUUUGGGCACUUCAAGCAUUGUGCAGGAAUUACGUACAAAUUAAACAUCUGUGUGAUAAAAACAAUGAAAACAUACUUCCUUGAUGUGUUCAAACAGGAUAAGAUACUGGAAUGCCAAAAACGAUGUUGCAUGACUUAUUCUGGUUUCAUAAUAAUAAGUACUACACAGUGUGUCCCAUUAACUACGCAGUAAGGAUUCCAACGAGAGAGUUAUAGCACCCUCAUGUGGUCGUUUACAAAAAUUUCAGAUUACUUGUGACGAAGCAGCAAAAGGAGGCUGACCUACAUUUUUUAAAAUGUCAGGUAUUAAAUAUCUACACCUGUUACAUUGAAGCUUUGAUAAAGUUACGCUAUACAUUACAUACUCUCGCUUCAAUAUAUAUUCACAUUGUUGGUAGAAAAUAGGUCUAUCUAUGCAUAAUAAUACACACAUUUUGGAGAUGUGGGAUUUGGGACAUUUUGUCCUCAUUUCUUAGAACCUCAUGGUUAAGAAGAGAACCUCAAGUUGACAAGACCAUCUCAGAGACAACACUCACCUGUAACCGUGCAUCCUUUGACAAAUUUGUGGAAUGGAAUGCAAUUCGAAUUUUAGAGCUCAUUUCUGACCAGAGCAUUUCAUUAAUGGCCCAGGAACCCUACCACAGUGUCCAGGGGUCUGUGGAAAGGCCGAGACAGGUCGCGGGUUCACACACACACACACACACACACACACACACACACACACACACACACACACACACAGUAGAUGUUGCUCUCCCCACAGAUUCAAGCUUUGACCGAUUGUCUCCUGUGGCUGGGGAGGUCACUCAGUAGCGUUGAGAUUAGCUGACACAGAGUGACAAUGCGCAGGAGAGGAGAAUAGAAACAUGCUGUGUCCGUUAUGGUUGGGGCAUGCCAGGCCAAGCGUGCUCUGCCAGAUCCAGUCCACGUGCUCUGAAGCGUUACAGGAAUGUGUUGUGUAAAUCGCUGUAAAUGCUUGCUGUUCUGUGACUGUGUAGAGUUUUAGCACUCAUUAUGUAUUACAAAUGCCAUUUUAUACCAAAACCUGUGAGUGUUUACUCAGAGCACUUCUCAUUUCUGAAACAUUUACACAUUUAUCUUUUUUUGUGAUGCUGCUAUUUAUUUAAUAAAUGUCCAGUAACAUUCUUGCAAGAUUA